CUGGAACCCUAUAACGAAACAUGGAAAGCAGAAGCACAAGUAGUACAGCUCAUCAAGACCCAUAUGCCCAGUAAGAACGAGCGUCCUACCAAUGCGUGUUGGGACACCGAUGCAGAUGCUGACCACGAAACCUGGGUCAUGCUCCGGCUAAUGUCUCCCAUGCUCUCUGCCUCAUCGAUGCGCCAGACACCGAGGCCAGGCCUCCUCAUAGGAGCUCUGGCUGUCCCAUGUUCUUGGCAAGAGGUGGUGAGAUCACAUAGGCUCAACCCAGUACCAUCCGAAGACUUGCCAGAGGAGCCGCCACCAAAGCUCCACGACAUCCUGGACAGGCGACCUGGUUAUCAAGUAGCUUCUCCCGGACAUUCAAUCGCGAAGAUCGGGCCCGCGAGCCUGAGAGACCUACCUUCCAUCGUGCCUACUGCCACGUUGAAGAAAGAUGAGGAGGAAGCGGAGCUAUACACGCAGCAUAUGGUGGUUGUUGACGGCUGGCAGGCGUACGCUGCUCCGUCUUCCCCACUCACCCCUGGAACACCGUCCCUCGGAGAUAGCUCGAGCGAAGUGGAAGAGCUCUUUCUGCCUUCUCCAUCCAACCAUGGUCGCCCACUAAUCGAAGAAUUGAUGGAUGCACGGCUCGACGAAGUUGAAAUGCCGAGAUCCCAGAAGAUUGGUGGGACGCAGGAAAAGCCGAAGGUGCUCGGCCAUGGGCAGAGUCUAUCGGCCUUCCUUCACCCCAUAAGGCGUCGCCAUGAGUCUCUGGAUCAAGCCAAAAUCGUCUCCACGCCGAAAUCUCAACCUUCCUCACCGCAUACAACCAUCACCGCGUCCAUGCUCGGGCAGCCGCCCACAGCUCUCGCUGGUUUCGGGGCCGACGACGACCAUUCUAUGCACCCUACACAGGGUGACUGGCCUAGCGAGGGAUCAGAUCCCGAUACAGAUGUUAUACUGAAAAGGAUCUACGGCGACGAACUGGUGACGGAAGAUAUCUCACAGCUAAUCGUGAACGAGAAGCUAGACGGAAGGGAUACUUUGCUCAUGGACGUCCCUAUCAUGCCUCCUCCAAACGAGCAUGCCCCGAGCAACAUGUUCUUACCGCGACAAACCUUUGAGUUACUCGCUCCGGCCAAGACUAAGCCCGAUCAACCUGGAGACCAAGCUGUUUCUUCCCCAUCGCGUCUUGGCCAAUUGAAGAAGGUCAAGGGUAUGCAAGCGCUGACUAUCGAGUUGUCGUGGAUACCAUUCAAGUUCGGCUCGAGUAUACCUACUGAUGACGAGGUGUCUGGAGUCGCGGAUAGCGUCCAGGAUGCUCUCACUGCUGAGCUGCGACGGGACGACCCUACGCUUGUGAUACAACUCUCGGAGCUCUUCAACAAGGCUAUGCAUCUGGACGACGGUUUAGACGACGAACGUAACGUGCCUUCGACACGUAACUGCCUCAACGAUAGCUGGGACCCGCUAGAGCUUGUGAGCCGGGAAGGCGAACCUGUAGACAUGGACUUUGUCUUGACACGAGACGAACGAAGGACUCUGCGCGGGCACCAUGAAGACGAAGAUCUCGGCUCCAGUGACAAAGAGAACGAGGAUCUCACAGACUCUCUACAGUAUGAGGAGGACGGUCCUCCGCCGAAACGCCUGCGGACAACCCAAGAGCAAGAUGACUCCUAUCUCGAUGACGACCUCGAACGAGCGGCUCCUACUGAUGACUCUGGCGUGUUCUUGUCACCUUUGGAGGCGAUGUCCAAGAGGCGUACGGCUGGCUUUGCCGAGAUGGCUUAUGCUGCAGAGGGCUUCGAGGGCCCGUAUACUGAUGGCAACUUGUUCGACGAUAUCGAUCCUGUUCAUGAACUAGAGUUCGCCUCUGAUGCUCCUGAUGUCUACAUGCACCAUCCCUCAGCUAAAGCCUCUGAACCUCGACCAUCUCAUACCUCUGCUCUGCGACGUCCAUUCUCCUGGGAACAUGAUGAAGCUGAAGCAGACGCUCGGUUGGCCGCACCUGUCAGAGGUGCUUCUGGCCUCAACCAUGAAGCGAAUCUGGUACCUGCUGAACACAAUAUCUCUCGCGGCCUGCCCUCGGCCAUUUCAAGAAUACCAAGAACGACGGCAGCCUCAGCGCACUGUGCUGAAGAUCGGGACGAUCUCGGAUUCCCUGGGUCUACGUCUGCGGAGAACACGGCUCCUGUGAUGGCUGCCCAUACACAGUCAGUCAACGUCUCCUCUGCCCGACGUUCUCUAGCCGAGUUUCUGGCUCUCAUGGGCAAGAAAGGCAUGACUAUCGCCCCGUCUUCCAGUCCACCUGUACCUGGGCCAUCAAACAUCGAACUUCGUAUGCAAUCUGGUGGCGAGACAAUCGAAUCGCUGGACAGCUCUAUCGUCGUCAUACCUGCAGAAGUACUAGGUCCUGAUACUCUCUGUCUGCCCGAAUCUGGGCUGCGACCUGCUGCUAUGCAUCGCUAUCUGGCAUCUGUCGCCCUGCUUCAGAAAAGGGUCUUAGUCCGCGACUUGUCUUCCCGGGGGUGCUGCAUCGACCUCGUCGAACGGGAAGACCUUGGCGAUGCCGACCUCAUCCUGGACUCUGAUACUGCUGUCGCGUUCGCAUCUCUAGCCGCUCUCCCCUCGCAGGUCGACUCCGUGCUGGCAAGACUAACGCGACUGUCCUGGCGGUACUCACACAUUUUGAUGGUCUUCGAAGCUUACCCGAACUCGCUGUCAUUCAAAUCCGACUUGGGCUCUCCGAGGCCCGUGCCAAACCCGUUCUUCGCAGCGGUCAUCAAGGCGGUCAAGAAACUGCGAAGAGACUUGAGCAUUGCCGAGGCAUGCCAGACGAAGAAGGCCGGCUCGGCAAUUCGAUUCGCGUUCGCGACUUCAGUGGAGGAAGCUGCUCUCUAUGUGCGCUACUCCGGAGACGAUGCAGAGGCUCGGGAUACGGCACAAGGCGCGCUGUGGGGAGCUCGUGAAUGGCUAGACUUUGAUGAGCAGGAGGGCGAAUGUGAUCUAGCGGGAGUAGAUGGCAUGAAUGCGUUCGCAGCAUCCAUUAUCUUGUCGCAAAUGAGUCUCGACGACUUCCUCGACACCAGUCCUGAGGACAGAGUGCAAUACUUCGGCCCUUACGUUGGACACGACAGACUCGUCCGCUUCAACGAGGAGCUCCAGAGGCGUGCUCAAGCAGUAAUGUCGUCUUCUCCGAGCUCUCAUGGCGCUACAGUGCCUGCGUAGCGGUUGACUGCUAUGGUAUACUAGUACAGCGAU